UAUGUGGGAUAUGUUUAAAGGAACAGUGAUACAUUUGAAGACUGAAAUAUCAGUAAAAGGAGUUCUACUAACCUUAGCAGGAGCAACCUUUAUUGGUAAAUAUGGGACGGAUCUUGAAAAACUGCAAAACCUUAAAACAUUUGUGGAUUUUGGGGCUCAAGUAGUUGCACUCCUUAGGGGCUCGGUUGUUAUCGUCUUGAAAGUCUCAAGCAUUUCAUCACUAAAACGUCUAUGGCAGAGCUACAAGGAUGGCUCGUUGAAAGAAAAACUGAAAAAAUCCCUCAAUGAGGAGGAAGAAUUGAAGGAACUGAGCCAAGGAGAAGAGAUUGACGUGGAGGUUACAAUAGAUGAGGAAGAAUACCAUGCAGUUCUUUGGAAUCUUAUCCUCUUGGAUGUAAAAGGUAAACCAAUGAAGAAUGGUAAAAGUCAGCGAAGGCACUCAGUAUGCUGUGAACGAGAUGUUCCUCAAGAUAGCAGUAAACCAAUGGAUGUUAAAGGUGUCCAAAGGAAGGGUACUACAAGAAAGCGAAGGCACUCAGUAUGCUGUGAACGAGAUGUUCCUGAAGACAUAGAUGUGAAAGGUAAAUCAAAUAAAAGUCAGCGCAGGGAACGAGAUGUUCCUGAAGACAGCAGUAAACCAAUGGAUGUAAAAGUAUGCUAUGAACGAGAUGUUCGUGAAGACAGCAGCGGUAAACCAAUUGAUGUGGCACAGAUACAAACACGAGUAGGACGACCUGUUACAGAACUAGAAAAGUCGGAAGACGGAAUGAAACAAAUAAACCUGAUGGCAACCAGUUGGGUAUCUCCAAGAAAAGAAAAUCUAAACUUUGCUCACCUUUCUAAGUUAUUGAUUGAUGGUGGAACACGUGCCUUAAGAGUUGUAUUUGACUCGAUCCAUUCACCAAUCUCCCUUCAUAGGACACUACUCAGUACAACAGUGCAUUCUACUCUAAAGGGACUGAGAGCAAAGAGGAUUCUAACCAAACAACAAUGGGAAAGACUCUAUCCUGCUAGCCGAAGCACAGCUGUCACUUCAGUACAUUUUGACAUCACACUGUUAUUUGUUCUACUGCGCAAUAUAUGUGGUUUAACACCCCCACCAACAGGAUGGGACAAGCCUCCUGUUGCUACAGACCAGAGUAGAGAAGCUGAUUUGGCUCGAGUCAAAUAUUAUAGAAAUAAACUUUAUGGCCACAUCACAGAAACAGCUGUCAGUGACAGUGAUUUUGAGAAAUACUGGAGUGAGAUCUCGGAUGUAUUGGUGAGACUGGGUGGACCUCAUUACGAACCAGAGAUUGAGAGACUCAAGAUAAUAGCCAUGGAUGUUGAAGAUGAAAAGUACUUUAUCAAGAUACUUGAAGAUUGGGAACAAACUGAGCAAAGCUUAAAGACCGCUAUCAAGAAUACUGAACAACGAUUGAUGUAUAAGUUAGAAGAAAUGGGAGAAAAACUAGUGUUGAAAGAAGUGAUGGACAUGCAUAAAAAGAUCUCUCUUCAAGAGCACAAGAAUAUACAGAAAAACUGAAGUCAUCCAUUAAACAGCAAACUGAUUUUCUGUUGUCAGAGGAAGAGGAUAAGAAAAUUAGAACCGAUGACAUCUUUACGAGUGUGACUAUCCAACGCGGUCCAAAACACUUCGAGGAACCCAAA